ACGCUUGUAUUGUUCGACGUCGUCCUGAAGCUUGAGCGAACUUUACCGGAUCAAACUCCUGCAACACGUUUCUUUCUCUUCUUCUUCGACAUUUGAUUUGAGCGACAAACUGCUGGGUUGUGAAACCAGCGCACGAAGGAGGUCGAGAAAAAGGAAAACAACUCCUUCACGCCACGUUGAACGAAGCGAACUGCAGCUGAGAAUCAGUGUUGGUGGGUUACCGGAGAGUCAGCUCUCCAUCUGGCCUGGAGAUGGGGGAUCCAGAGCCUCCUGAGUUUGGGUCCCUGGAGGAGGAGCUGGAGUAUUGGAAGGAAAAAGCUGCCAGGCACCAACAGAGUGCGGAGGAAGUUCAAGAGGAGCUGCAGGAGUUCCAGCAGAUGAGUCGUGACUACGAGGGCGAGCUGGAGACGGAGCUGAAACAGUGUGAGGCGCGAAACCGCGAGCUGCUUGCCGCCAACGAACGCCUUUGUAUGGAACUAGAAAACUAUAAGGAGAAGUAUGAGAUGCAUCACUCCGAGGCCUGUCGGCAAAUUGCCAGCCUGGAGGGCGACCUGGCUGAGACCACGGCCGUCAGAGACCAACUUCACAAAUACAUCAGAGAGCUGGAGCAGGCCAACGAUGACCUGGAGCGAACCAAGAGGGCAACCAUCAUGUCACUGGAGGACUUUGAGCAGAGGAUGAACCAUGUGAUAGAGAGAAAUGCUUUCCUCGAGAGUGAGCUGGAUGAGAAGGAGAAUCUCCUGGAGUCUGUUCAAAGACUGAAGGACGAAGCCAGAGACCUGAGGCAGGAGCUGGCAGUGCAACAGAAACAGCAGGUACAGGAAAGGAAGCCGUCUCUCAGCAGCGUCGUCAAAGAGCCUCCAUCAUCUUCCUCCACCUCCCCCACGGCCGGGCUGCCCACCCCUCCUCUCACCCCUCCAGGUAAAGGAACUGAGGACAAAACCAUGUCUCUGCCCUCUAACCAGCCCAUCCCGUCUGCCACCACCACCACCACGCCGUCCAGACCUCCAGCCCAGUCUGACUACUUCACCACACCUCCGCCCUCCAGCAGCAGAGGUGAAAGCCUUUCAGCGACUCCUCUCACCACCUCGGUGAGAAUCUCGGCCCUCAGCAUCGUCGGGGAACUUCUGAGGAAAGUCGGGAACCUUGAGUCUAAACUGGCAUCGUGUCGGGAAUACGUCAACGAACAGACAGCUAAUCGCAGAGGUCAAGCCGGAGGACAGGGGGCGCCGACGAGCCAGAACUCCUCAGAAACCCCUCCUACCAACGGCCUUUACAACAAGGGGCUGGUGAAGCGGUUAGACUUUGGUGCGGGACACAAAAUGCUGCUGUGAAAACAUCCUCCACCUCCAUCCUCUGAGCUGCUCUCCUCCUCCUCCUCCUCCUGUCCGUCCAGCCUGGAUCCCUCAAGCACGUAACGGUACCGUGUCUCGCACAUUAUACUGGUGGUUUCUGCUUCAGGACACAGGACGCUCUAAAAGGAAGCUUCCGUGAUGAAAUGGAUGGAAAUGUUACUGCAGAUACUCUGGGAUGUCUGUCACCAGCUCUUUUUUGAGCACUCGCACUUAGCUUGAUACACCUUCUUGGAGUCGUGCUGCAUGUCAACACCUCACCUUCUUUGUUUGGAUUUGCCAAUUAUUUUUUGUGUGUGCUAUUUUUCUUUUAUGUGUGUGUGUUUCACUCUAAAGGUGUGUUCAGUGAAUCUUUACAGAGAGAAUUAAACUGUCAGAAUUGACAGAUGCAUGUUCGCGCUGCGUUGUGAUGGAAGGAGACCAGGAAUCAUCCUCUCAAAUUUAUAAUGUUUAUUUUCACAUUACUCUAGUGGAGGAUGAAUGUCCAGAAGGAAAUAGCAGGAACAAAAGGACACCAGUCAGUACUACAGAUUUAUCUUAUAUACAUUAUUGCGGCUGCUGCUGCAAUGUCAUGAAAUAGUAAUUAGUUUUAAUUUGAAAUGACCGAUACAGGAAGUGGAGUAUAGAUAAAUACAGAUGGUCAACAUGGUGGCUCCUAAAAGGGAAGCGAGUGUCUUCACUGACCUCUGAUGGCAAGCUGCAGUAUAACGCCGGGUUCACACUGGAUGCGGAAGCGACACCAAAGCGUGGCGUAAGCGCUAAUCCCUAGCGCGCCGGCGCUUGGCUGUUCACACCGGACGCUGAAGGGCCGGGCAGCGCUAAUAAUAUCACCUGUUGAUCCAGUAGUAUUCAAGCAUAUACUUGAUAUAGCAUAGCAUAUAUGCUCCAACAUUAAGCAACAGCGUCCCAACAUUUGUCUUUUGGUGUUUUUUUUAUACAACAUGUUCCGAGGAUCAUACAACUCACUGUACUUCUCCCCCCCCUCUCUCUCUUUUAUCUUUAUGACUGUAUGUGUGGCUGUAGUGGAUGGGCAGAGGGGGACAUUUAAUAAUGUGGUUGGUAAAAGUGGUAAAAUUAAAACUCAGCAGAAGGCGAAUUCAAAGUAUGGGAUGCAUAUUUGAUCAUUUAUAUCAUAUAAAAUAUUUCAUCAAUAUCGGUUAAAAUUUUAACAUUUUUCAGCUGUUUUUUAAGGCUUGGCGCUGCGCUUACGCCAAGCUUUGGCGUCGCUUCCGCGUCCGGUGUGAACCCGGCGUAAGUCAUAAUCCCCACCUCCUCCAUGUGUGUAGAUCGGACAUGGCCAGAACAAAAGUCAAAUAUUCUCAAAGAUGGUUUCUGUUAUAGAAGGUAGUUCCUAUCACACUGGUGUUUGUUUAAGUGUUUGUGUUUCUGAUAAGUUUGUUUUUAACUAAUUAUUUCAUCCCCUAUAUUGCAAUGACACUGGAUCCAAAUUAAGGCUUUGGCGCAAGAUGGCGGCGUUCGUAUCCAAGAUAUUCUGGCUUGAUUUCUGAACAGCGGGAAAAAGUGGAAGGGUGUCAUCUAUGUUUAAUUAAAGCGAUCGACCAUCGCUGCCACCCUCUCCCAUCAUAAAAAAACUAUGUUCAGCUGUAGAGAAACACUUUGUAGCAGAUGUCCACAAGGGCUGAUACUUUUCCAAAAAAUCUAUCAGAUGACAAACAAUUUGUGUGAAUAUACGAAUGCCCUCUUAUUUGUGUCUUCCAUUUUCAUAGCAAAACCCUGAUGGUUCAAAAGAGCAUGCAGAAGGUCAGGUUCAUAGUGAGCGCCCUCUGCUGUAUCAUGAGACAAACUGCUUUAGACCGAACAAGUCAUUAUAGUUCAAUAAUGAACUGUCUCCCACACACGUUUGAAUGAAUGUGAAUAUAUCUAGUAACAAAUGACAGUCGUGAUCUCUGUGCUUUUACUUUUGAUGUUUGUUAAACACAAACUUGCACAGUUAAAGUGUUUGUUUUUUUGUCUGAACACACCUUGAAAGUGUUUGAGAACAAAAUACUGUAAGGGCACUUUUAUCUUCACAAGAACAGAGGGUCUUUUUAAAUACUACUUUUAUAUUUAUACCACAUUGUCAACCAAGGGACAAUUUACUUCCUUGUAAAUGUUGUCAAAUAAUGGGUUUGCAAAAUAGCAAGAUCUGUUUCGACAACCAAGCGCCACUAAUCCAAGUGAGAAUGAAAAAGAAUAAUUGUCCCUUGUUUUACUGUUUUGAUCCAGAAAAUAAUCUUUUAAAAAAAAAUAUUUUACAGAAACUAGUUUCCUAACCCUAGACUGCAGAAGAACGCAGACUUUGAAUCUGUGUUGUCAGCCAAUCUUCUCUGAAGAGGUGAUUGGAAGUACGGAUUUACCUCCCACUGCCGUUGUUAUUUGUCACUGUGGAAAGAAUACUUGUAUAAUGCUCAAAGGGAAAUGGACUGAAUUGAGCUAACCUGCAACAAGAAAGUAACAAACACCACGUGUGAACAUGAUAAACUGAGACACCGGUCAACCAUGUUUUCUAACGUGCUGUAUCUCUCUGGGAGCCUUAAUGUUUUAAUGAAACUUGGCCUUUCAAAAGACGUUUUUGAAGGAUGUUGCUUCACCCAGUGGCCAUGAGUGGUCCUGCAUCAUAAACCUGCCUUAAUAAAUACAGUUUUCUAACGUUGUAUUAAAUGUGAAAGGAGUUGCUUAUUAUGAUUAUCGUCGUCUCUGCUCUCUGCUCGCGCCAUGGUAGCUUCUAGCUUCAUCAUUGUUUUUUUGGGGGGGAAAUAUCUCUUCCAAUUUAGCAGAUGAGACAUGGAGCAGACUAAAGGGUAAAAGUGAAUGUUUUUUUUUAUUACCUCAGCACAGGGGGUAAUGACGUAUGGAUGUAUUCACCCCUGUCUCUUUGAUUGUAAGCAAAACCAUGCCAAAACUACUGGACUGGUUACCAUGAAACUUGGUGGAAGGAUGAGGUAUGGGUCAGGGAUGAACCCUUUACAGUUUGGUAUGGAUCCUGAUCAGAAGGCGGAUCCAGACACCCUUUUUUUUUUUUUAUCACUAUCUUUAACAUUUUGAGAUUGAAGAUGUUUAUUUGUUGCCAUUUUCAAUAUUUUCCCGUAGAAUAAGUCAUGGACCUUUCAGAAAAAAAGUACGACAUUUUCAUGGCAGGGAUAUCUGAGAGUGUAUCAGAAUCAGAAGUAUUUUAUUGCCAAGUAGGUUUACACCUACAAGGAAUUUGCUCUGUUAAUUGGUGCUUACAAUUAACAUAAAAAUGCAAUAAUAUAAAAACGCAAUAAAUACAACAUACAUAGGAAAAGCAAUAAAAAAUUGAAAACCAGUAUAUAUUUAUUCACUGUUUACUUCUUAUUUACUCACUUUUUUCCAAUAUCUAUACAAAGUAACAUUUAUUUUGACAUAAACAUUUCUGAAUAAAAAUAUAACAGAUAAAAGAUGUAAAAAGUGAUAUGCAAAACAGUAAACAGUGUCCAAUUGCAAUAUGUAAUGCAGUAUAAUAUAAUAUGAUAUGAUGUAAUGUGUUAAUUUAACACAUCCUCAAGGUGUGGGGGCGGAAUAAAAGUCCUAGUCAGGUGGGGGUCCCGGGCCUUGUUGAUGAGGCCAACUGCAGCCGGGAAGAAGCUGGUCUUGUGGCGGGAGGUUUUGGUCCUGAAUGUGAUUGGUUGCAGUUUGAUUGAAUUGCUGUGACGGUUGGGCCUCAGCAGAUGAGCUCUAUUGAAUCACAUUCUAGUUAGUUAUUUGAUGAUAUGAAAACCGAGUGAAAUGUUAUGAUUGACAGCUAAGACUCAUGAUUAUACUGUGACCACACUCUAUGAACAGUAAUGUGCAGACUGUGUCUCCAAAUGAACUGUAAAAGAUGGCGGCUCUCGUAUCCAGGAUUGUUUGUCUUCACAUAUGGAUAGUGGGUGGAGGUGGAGAGGUCAUUGAUCCUCUUUGUAUGCAGUCAUCAGUGGAGCCUUAAACUUACAGUGUAAUAUUAUCAGCUCAGCAGAUGAGUACAUGAUGCUUCUGUUUUAAAUGGUGAAAUUAGUGAAUCCACUUCUGUCUUUUCAGGAGUGAAAGUGGUGAACUUCAGUGAAGGCUACUUGUGUUAUAUGUUAAAAAGAGAAAAGUAUGUAACAAUUGUAGUGUUGUAGACUUUAGCUCUGCUGUAGGGUUACUUAUUGUGGUUCAGUCGCUGACUCAGCAGCAGGUUUCAGUGAAGGGCAGAGCUGGAAAACAAGACUUGAUGUUUUCUUUUGCCUUUUGUCUUGUGACUCUAUCAAACUACCGACAUGCUCAGAUAUGAAACAAACUGUUCUGAUGUGUUGUUUUUACUUUAAGUGCUGCUUGUGAUGCUUCUCAAAAAGCAAUAAAACUUGAAAUGGAAAGAAA